AUGUUUACGGCUGCUAUAACGAUAGUUGUGGGGUGGCUGCUGUGGUUCCUCCCGGCCAGCUUCAUCCAGCGUGCCCCUCAAGACUGGCUCAUCAGUAUUUCGCACCGCCUGAAGCAUAGCCGAAAAAUCAAUGAUUCAAAUUGGGGCGACCCUGUUGUCCGGAUCACUCGUAAUAUCGUCGUCAAGUACGGCCCCGGUGUCUCUCCCGGCGAAGCGGCGACUCAAGAAUAUGCCUAUCAACACCUCGAUCCCAAGAUCGUUCAGGUCCCGAGAGUGUAUCGCUAUUUCCAGCACCGUGAAUCUCUGGAUGCCAAGUUGAACGGCUACCUCUUCAUGGAAUAUAUACCCGGCCAAAAUCUGAAAACUCGGAACAACAUUGGCUCAGACAGUGAGAUCACAAGGAAACUGAUCAAGAUAAUUGCCCACCUAGGGCAGAUAGCCGGGGGAAGUGUGCCUGGCCCUGUUGGCGGCGGCAUACCCCGAGGGACUCUGUGGGGGGAUGGUGGCGCCAAAAGGGAGUUCCGGUCCCUAGAAGACGUGAAUGACUGGGUCAACAAGCGGAUUGAGCCAAUUGACGAGACCGUUGACCUGACGCCCUACCCGCUUGUUCUUUGCCAUAUGGAUCUAUGCCGUCGGAACAUGGUACUGAAAAAAGACGAGUCGAUAUGUCUGCUUGACUGGGGCUAUGCUGGAUUCUAUCCGCGGUUCUAUGAAAUGGCAGCCAUAAGGUGCGGCAAUGAUCAUUAUAACACUCCCCUAUUUGAAGCUACUUCCAAGGCAAUCCCUUUGACAGAGGAAGAGCUUCGGUGCAUGGAUUUGGUUAUCAGGGCCCCCGAUGCCAGCUUCCAAUGGACCUUGUAA